AUGGGUGAAGUUACAAAAGCAGAUCUUGAUGCUCUUACUACUUCUCUUACCGCAGCGUUUACUGCUGCCCUCAACACCGUGAACGACUCCAUGAACAAUCAGAUCGGAGAAACUCGUGGAUUGUUGGGAGGGAGGAACAACAACAACAACCGGAAUAGAGGCAGGGAAGGAGAAGAAAUUGUGCAACCUGAACAACAAGGACAAUCUUAUCAGGAUUACAAAGUCAAGGCUGAAAUUCAUUUCUUUUCAGGCAACUUGGGUGUGGAAGAUUAUCUGGAUUGGCAACUUCAGGUGGACAGAUUCUUUGAGAUUAUGGAGGUUCCUAAAAACAAGCAGGUUAAGCAUGUUGCCUGGCGAUUAAAGAGUACUGCUGCAGUUUGGUGGGAUAAGUUGCAGAAUACUUGGAAGAAACAGAGGAAACAGGGGGUUAAAACAUGGCGACGAAUGAAACAACUUAUGACGGAGAGAUUCUUACCGGAUGAUUAUGAGCAGAUUCUUUACAGGUUGUAUAUUGAAUGUGUUCAAGGCACUAGGACCGUGGCUGAGUACACUGGUAAGUUCUUACGCUAUUUAGAGCGUAAUGAACUAGGAGAAACUGAAGAAGCUACAAGCCUAACAUUGAAAGCAGAACAAUUAGAGAAGCCUUCACGAGCUUCUUCUUUCCAAAGGUAUACCUAUCAAAAGAGCACAGAGUUGGGGAACUCCUCAGCUGGUAAAGCAAAAGCCAUACAACAAAACACAAAGAGUUCUCAUAGGGCUUCCAAUCAACCUUUUAAAGGGGCUAGCAGUUCUAGCAGUUCCAGUGGUGCUCAAAAUAGGGUCCCACAUCAGAAGCCUAAUAAUCCUUAUGCGAGGCCUACAACAGAACUCUGCUAUAGAUGCAACAAGCUUGGACAUAGGUCUAAUGUGUGUCCUGAGAGAAGACAAUAUGCCCUUAUAGAUGAUUAUGAUGAAGAUGAUGAAGAAGUUGGAAGAUGUGAUGAAUAUGAAGGUGUAGAGUUUGCAGUGGAGGAGUCUCCUGAAAAGAUUAAUAUUGUGUUGCAGAGGAUCUUAUUAUCUCCUAACGAAGAUGGGCAGCGACAUAAUAUUUUCAGGUCACUUUGUUCCAUUAAUAACAAAGUGUGCAAUCUAAUUGUUGAUAAUGGUAGCUGCAAAAAUUUCGUAGCCAGAAAAUUGGUGGAGUAUCUGCAGUUACCUACACAGCUUCAUGAGACACCCUAUUCUCUGGGAUGGGUCAAGAAAGGUCCACAAGUUCGAGUUGCUAAGUCCUGCAAAGUACCAGUAUCUAUUGAUAAUUAUAGUUAUGGCCAAAAUUGA